AUGCCUGCUCCGAUUGCCAAAGGUUGGUUCGCCCGUCCUUGUAUUAUUGUUACGGUCUCUGUUCUGGUCGCUGCAGGCAUCGCCGUCUACGAGUCGCCCCAGUUUCAACAAUGGGUGAUCAACUCUCGUCGCAAGAUCGCCUUGGCCUUGCAUCACCUUGGCGAUGAGAUUCAACCGCGCGAGUUGGCAUCUCCGCUCCGAGAGGAUAUCUCCAUGACCGAAGAGACUGGCGAGGCCGCAGAAGAACGUAGACGGAUUGCACGAGCAGAUAUUAUGCACAGAGGAACCCUUCUGGAGGCACGAAGGAGAGCGAGAGACUUGCAGCAGCCGCUCGAGAGUUUUGAUACUCUCGUAGACGAUAAUGGCAAACUGGUGCUGGAUGGCACCAGCGACGCUGACACAGACCAUGCUGCCAACUCCACAGCCGUAGAACUGGGCGCUCAACAGCCUCUCUGGCGCCGGGGCAAGCAUAAUGAAGCCCAUGAGAAUCUCCUGGAUGAAGAUCGCGUGCAGGUCGAGAUCCCUGGCGAUACUGCAUCGAAUCACCCUUCAGAAUCGCUGCUGCAGUAUACACCCACCUCUGAAACGUUGGGAGAAAGCACACCGUUUGGUCCCUUCUCGAACUCUCCUCUGAGACCCCAAUCCCCUGUAUCCGCCUCGGCAUCCAGUCACACGGAAGAACAUUUCUAUGCUCAUCCAGAUUCGGUAGCAAACCCAGCUCACCAACCUGGUCUGCUCCUCACAGACCUAGAUGGACUGGGUCACGAGCCCUCCCAGCUUCAACAGGAUGUUUCGGUCGCUCCGUCCACGGCGGGAAGCUUCAGCCAUGUGGGAAAUCUCACGGACAGAUCGUCUGAUGGUACUCUAAGUGACUUUGGUGACCGGUCAGUUGGCGAGGUAGCGACACCGGCCAGCUGGUCUGAGGUGGGGAGUGUAAUUAGCAAUGAUGAUGCUGGACAUCACCAAUUGCUGUGA